AUGGCGUCGCCAUCGCCGCCGCUACGUGUAGCCGCCUGUAGCUACUUCUGCCUCGAGUGCGGUCACGAACAACUCUUUCAUUCCGAGUACAAGCGCAAUCGCACCAGGGGCCUUAAAAUCCUGCGCUGCUUUCCGCACUGCUGUCCGGAGCAUAUUGACCGAAGUUAUUGCGGAUCCUCACUGAGUUUGUUGGCCGUCUUCGCCCGCUUCGAAGCAGUCAAUGAUGUGAGUCUUCGACCUGGAGAGUGCGUCGAGGUAGAUAAAAUCCAAGAGGGUGUACAGCCAGAGCCGAAUCUAGACGGUCAGUGGAUCGCUGGGGUCUUGGAUCGGCCAUCCGGAUUGGUGGUCACGAUCAGAGGCUCAGAUACUGCUUUAGAUGAGGAGAAACCUGUAGUAUUCCACUUGAACAGUAAAGCUUUUCCGAGGUGGUACUACGACUGGGAGAGCGGUGCUAACAAGGCGCAGAGGCUCAUGAAGCAUUCACUAAAAACUUAUUCGAGAGGCCUACACGCAGUUGUACCGCGUGUUGCAUGUGGUCUCGUCGCCUGA